CACGCGGGCGGCCAGAGCCCCGGCCAGCACGCGUCCCGCCGGAGCCUCCAGGUGGACUUCCAGGGCUCCAGGACGGGCCGCUCGCCCUCGGCGUCCCCGGACCGCGGCGUGACCCCCACCUCCCCGUACUCGGUGCCCCAGAUCGCGCCCAUGCCCACCAGCAAGCUGUGCCCCCUCUGCAACACCACAGAGCUGACUCGACCCCCGGCCGUGCCCAACUACAACACCUGCACCCAGUGUAAAUCCACUGUGUGCAACCAGUGUGGCUUCAACCCCAACCCACACCUCACCAAGGUCCAAGAGUGGUUGUGUUUGAACUGUCAGAUGCAGAGGGCUCUGGGUAUUGACAUGACCACACCGCGCUCCAAGAGCCAGCAGCAGAUCCACUCUCCCUCCCACCAGGCCAAACCCAUCGCCCAGGCUCAGCCGCUGCCGCCGGCCGCGCAGAGCAAGGCCCCGGCCCAGAGUCAGCCCCCGCAUCAGCCGCCGGCGACUCACCCGUACGGCCAGGCACAGCCCUACUCCCAGGCCCCGUCUCCCCAUCACUCCCAGCCCUACGCUCAGGCCCAGUCUCAGCACCACUCCCAGGCCUAUUCCCAAAGCCAGCCCCACCCCCAGGGCCAAAACCAGCCCUACUCCCAGGCCCAAAGCCAGCCCCACUCCCAGGCCCAAAGCCAGCCCUACUCCCAGGCUCAAAGCCAGCCCCACCCCCAGGGCCAAAGCCAGCCCCACCCCCAGGGCCAAUCUCAGCAUCAUCCCCAGGGCCAAUCUCAGCAUCACCCCCAGCCCUACUCUCAAUCCCAGGGCCAAACCCAGCCCUACUCCCAAUCCCAGUCCCACUUCCAGGGCCAAUCCCAGCCCUACUCCCAGGCCCAGUCCCAGCCAUACACCCAGGGCCAAAACCAGCCCUACACCCAGGGCCAGAACCAGCCCUACACCCAAGGCCAGAACCAGCCCUACACCAAGGGCCAGAACCAGCCCUACACCCAGGGCCAGAACCAGCCCUACACCCAGGGCCAGAACCAGCCCUACACCCAGGGCCAGAACCAGCCCUACACCCAGGGCCAGAACCAGCCCUACACUCAGGGCCAGAACCAGCCCUAUACCCAGGGCCAGAACCAGCCCUACACUCAGGGCCAGAACCAGCCCUACACCCAGGGCCACUCCCAGCCCUACCCUCAAUCCCAGCCUCACUCUCAACCCUUCCCCCAGCCCCAGCCCCAGCCCCAGACGUACCCUUCCUCUCAAGCAGGGCCUAAACCCCAGCCCCAGGCCUCCCCAGGACUCCAGAGACACCAAGGGCCCCACGGCCCCCAGCCCCAGACUGGGCCGUCCCAGCAGGGGAUGAGGUCGGACCCUUAUUCCCAGAAAGGGGCGGGAGUGCAAGGAAGUGCCGGGGGUCCAACCGGUGGACUCAACCAGCCGGGGGGCCCCCGGAUCCCUCACCCGGGCGCGGUGCCACUCGUCGGGCUAGCCAAGGCCCCCUCCCAGCCCGACCUGGGUCGCGGCUCCCCGAUGCACCAGCCCGGCGCCAGGUACCAGGAGCACACCCGGAGCGCCGGCUCCUCCCCGGCCCACCGGGCCCCGAGCCAGGCCCCGCCCCCCGCCCAGGAUGGGCUGACCAAGCUGUUUGGCUUCGGGGCCUCUCUGCUGAACCAGGCGAGCACCCUGAUCAACGUGGACCCCCUCCCCGCCGCCUCCACCCAGCCUGGCCCCGCCCGGGGCAAGGUGGUGUUCAGCAACGCAGCGACGUCAGAGAGCCGGCAGCACGGGCCCCCCGGGGCCAAGCCAGCCAACGUCGGGGGCCCCCACGCACCGACCAGUCAGACGGGGGGUCCCGUAAUGGGUGGACCUCAUGCACCGACUGGUCAGAUAAGGGGUCCCCAGACGGGUGGUCCUCACGCACCGACCGGUCAGGCGGGGGGUCCCGUAAUGAGCGGCCCUCACGCACCGACCGGUCAGACGGGGGGUCCCGUAAUGGGGGGUCCGCACGCGCCAACGCAGGCUGGAGCCCCCCAUGGCCCCAGUCAGAUGGGGGGUAUGCAUGGCCCCAGUCAGAUGGGGGGUAUGCAUGGCCCCGGUCAGAUGGGCGGUCCCAUCAUGGGCGGUCCUCACACACCAAGCCAGAAGCUCCAACAGCAGCCGAAGCAGCAGCAGCAGCAGCAGCAGCCUCUGCAUCCUCAACAAGAGAGCCAUCAACAGCUGCCUGCACACCUUCAGAAAGGGAGCCAGCAGAAGCUGCCGGCGCAUCAACAGAAAGGGCCCCAGCAGCAGCAGCAGCUGCCUGCGGCCGUCCCAGCGGCCCCGGCGGAGCCCCAGAGGGCCAGGGUGAGCUGCCCGCUGUGUAAGACGGAGCUGAACAUCGGGAGCGCAGACCCGCCCAACCACAACUCCUGCACCCAGUGUCACAGCCAAGUGUGCAACCUGUGCGGCUUCAACCCCACCCCCCACCUGGUGGAGAAGAAAGAGUGGCUGUGUCUCAACUGCCAGACCCAGCGGCUGAUGUCGGGCGGCGGAUUGGACGAGCCCCCACUUCCUGCUCUCCACCCCUCUCCGAAGCACCAGUCAAUGGGCUCGCCCCGCCACCCGUCGCACGUCGGUCAGCAAAGCCCCCUCGCCAAGGCGACCACCAACCUGCAGGGCCCCAAGGCCAGCCAGCCCCAGCAGCCGAAGGCUCACACGGGGCCCGGGGCCAGUGGGCCCUUCGCCCCCUCGGCGGCCAAGCAACAGCCAGCCACCACUGCCACCCCAUCCACCACCACCACCACCACCACCAGUGCAGUACCAGUGCUCCCUAGUGAGGGCCUGAAGCAGCCCAAGACUGGGGAAGAGAAGGCCAAGACAGAGCCUGAGAGCCAGCUGACCAAAGACCCCAAGAUGAGCCAGAAAAAAGGGGAGCCCAUCAGCUCCAUGAAGGAGGGGAAGAAGUCCAAACAGUAUGAUGACACGAAGAACAACAGCACCCACGAUCUGUCGCGGAGCCCGCAGAGUCUGAGCGACACGGGCUACUCCUCGGACGGCAUCUCCAGCUCCCACAGCGAGAUCACGGGGCUGAUCCACGAGGAGGAGGAGAUGAAGCUCAGCGAGAGGGGCAUCAGCGGGCGGGGCUCGCCGCCCAGCCCCUCCGAGAUGACCAAGCUGGAGAGCUCCAUGAGGCCCCUGCUGGAGAAGAGCUUCUCGGAGGAGAAGAGCGACCGCAAGGGCCGCAGGCACCGGGACCUGGACGACCGGGGCAAGCAGAGGCCACGCUCGCUGUCCAUCACGCCGGAGGCCUACGACUCGGACGAGGAGCUGGAGGACAUCUUGGAGGAGGAGGAGGAUGCCCGGGACUGGGAGGCCAAGCGGAAGGAGGCCAAGGAGGAAGGCAAGAAGGAGAAGAAGAAGGAGAAGGACGCGGAGCCGCCGCCAAUGACGGACGAGGAGUUCAUGAGGAGGCAGAUCAUGGAGAUGAGCGCCGACGAGGAGAACGAGGAGGAGGACGACGAGGAGGUGGCGGAGGCGGAGGACGAGGAGGACGAAGGCUACGGCUACCAGAAGCCCAAGAAGGCCCACCUCAAGCAUCUCCCCGCCGACACGGCCAAGGAGAAGAGACGCCUGCAGCACCACUCAAGCAGCUUCGAGGAGGACUCCAAGAGCUCCUCGGAUAUCUAUAAGGGUUCGGCGGAGGAGGGCGAGGACGACCAGAUGUCCUCACAAGGAGGCCUGCGGCGCUUCAAGACCAUCGAGCUGAACAACACCAACAGCUACAGCCGGGACAUGGACCUGGCCAACGAAAACGACCUCAGCCUCGACCGUGAGCCGGAGCUGGAGAUGGAGAGCCUGACGGGCUCCCCGGAGGAACGCUCCAGAGGAGACUCCUAUUCCACCCUACCGCCCACCUCCUCGUCCUACGGCUCGGGUCAGUCCCCGACCUCCAUCUCGUCCAUGGAGGAGGACAGCGACAGCAGCCCAAGCCGGAGGCAGCGGCUGGAGGAGGCCAAGCAACAGAGAAAGGCCCGCCACCGCUCCCACGGCUCCCUGCUCCCCACCAUCGAGGACUCCUCAGAGGAGGACGAGCUCCGGGAGGAGGAGGAACUGCUGAGGGAGCAGGAGAAGAUGAGGGAGGUGGAACAGCAGAGGAUAAGGAGCACCGCUCGCAAGACCAAACGAGACAAAGAGGAGCUGAGGGCCCAAAGGCGCAGGGAGAGGUCAAAGACGCCGCCCAGCAACCUCUCACCGAUCGAAGACGCCUCCCCGACUGAAGAGUUGCGGCAGGCUGCCGAGAUGGAAGAGCUCCAUCGAUCUUCAGCCUCUGAAUACUCCCCUCAGAGUCUCGACUCGGAGGCAGAGGGAUAUGAAUCGAAGCUCUACAAAUCAGGCAGCGAGUACAACCUACCUACCUUCAUGUCGCUCUACUCUCCUGUUGAGAAAUCCUCAACCACAACCACCACCGUGGCACCAUCUUCGACUUCCAAACCGUUGAAGAGCGCCGAGGAGGUGUACGAGGAGAUGAUGAGGAAGGCGGAACUGCUUCAGAAACAACAGAAACAGCAGCAGCAGCAGCAUCAUGGAAGACACGGUCAAUACUACGAGGAGGAAAUCAAUGGAGAUGAGUAUGAGGACGAGGAUGAAUAUAGUCAAGACAGGACCGGUUAUGACAACGAGGCAGCCGAAACGGAACAAGAUAUUUAUGAGGAGAUCCGACAGACGUCCCAGAACAUCACAAAGAUGCAGCAGGCAAGUGACGCACAAGUGGAGAUUGAAAUCGAGAGCUCCUACCCAGAAAAACAACUUCUUGACACAAGCUCGGCAUUUACCAAGCUGCUGGAGCAGAACAACGCCCUCCUCACACCAGGAACCAGUCCAACCCAGGUCUCAGCUCCAGUCUCUUUUGCAGAGACUGCAGGAAGGAUUCCCGAUGUGCGUGUCACGCAGCACUUCUCAGCCAAAGACGUCAACAAAGACCGGAUCAAGGGCCAGACCGGAAAGAAUGGCAUGACUCCAGUCGUGUCUGCAACCACCAUAGCAGCAUAUGGAGUGUUUGCCAGAGAUGCGGUAACCAUUUCCCAGACCAGCACAAGCCACACUGUCACAACCACGUCUGCUACACACAGCAGGCACACAGGUGGCCCGGCUACAUCCACGACCACCGUCUCAAGUGUUUGCAGCAAAAUAGCGGAAAUCACCCAGGCGUACAGCCAAAGGGAGGUGAUAACCAGGAGAGUGGGCGAGACCAGAAACGUGAGAGACGGUGCCGCAUCUUCUACGGAGAGAAUCAUUGAGCCUCGGUCUCCAAAGUAUACCACUUACUACCGAAGCACCAGCCCUCCUCUCUCUCCAUCGCCGCCACCACAGAGCCCUACUCGCUCCCCAUCCAGAAGGGCCACCGCUGAGUUCUCUACCCAGACUCACACAGGAGGAGGCUUACAGUCCGCUGGUUCAGGGCCUUCCUCUCCGGUGUUGGUUCAAGCAACUCAGACAUCAUCACACCGGUCCGUUUCGCCAAGGCUCCACAGGCAACAAUCCUCGCAGGAUACUCGGUAUUCCCCACCCUCGAGCCCGGCCAGGCCAAUGACAGUCAAUACUGCUACCUCGCCUCUAUCCUCGCCUACCCGGUUCAGUCGUCAAUCCACAUUUGAGGCGUACUCCCCCGUUGCCAGCCCCCCGGACACUCCCCCUUUCCAGCAGCACUCGCCUACACAGAGCUUCUACCGCACUCAAAGGGUGGAGAAAGUCAAUGUCGGAACCAGCAUGGUGGCCCCCACUAACACAUACAGCAGAGGGUCCAUGUCUAUGGAUAACAUAUCCCUCUGUCGUAUUUCAACUGUUCCUGGAACUUCCAGGGUAGAGCAAGGACACAUGAUCCAUGGAGGCAGUGUGGUAGACCUAAGGACAAUCACCAAAUCGACCCCUGUGAUCAUGACCGACAAUGGAAUGGAUCUCACCUCACUUGCCACUGAAAGCAGGAUGUACCACGGUGGACCCGAGGGGGGUAGACACUCCACCAUUAUCCAACCACUAACAAUGAAUCUCAACACUCAGGAGACCACCACACCCACCACCGUGAGUGUGACGGUGGCUGCCUCAAUGUUCAUGACACAACCUCAACACCCCUCAGUCUAUGGCGACCCCCUUCAGAACCGGGUAGACCUGGGCCAGGGAAUGAGUCCCGCUAUGUGUCUGUCUCACAACCACAUGGUUCAACCCCAAAUUGAUCCCACCAUACCAAAAAUCGAUGCCAAACUUGAUGACCUCAGUAUACAGCAGCAGGAACUCCAAAGGCAACAGGAGAAGUUGCAGAAGCAGCAAGAGAUUUUGGAGCAACAGUUGCAACAUCAUCAUCAGAUGCAGCAUCAGCAGCAACAUGCCUCUGCCAUGGCAAGGUACAACAUCACAGGCCAGAUCUCACCAUUACUGAAGAAGGACAUGCUGGUCAGCCAGAACGGCACUGCCCCGACUGUGGUCAGUGCUAUUUCAGCUCCCCUCAACCCUGACUUGUAUGGCAAUGGUCCAAUUGAGCUGCAAGGAAAUCCCAAUACACCUGGUGUCAUGAGUCUUACUGGGGUCGGAUCCCCUCACAGCAUGGUUGUACAAAUGGAUGGAAACAUAGGUCCGUGUGGGCCAGUGACACAGCUGGUAAAGGUAGAGGAAGGCCAAGAUGCCAUGGAUCUGGCAGGAGGCCAGAUUAAAUCAGACCAACCAGCCUGCUGCGAUGUGGUUUACCGGCUUCCAUUUGGGGGAGUAUGUGUAGGAGAGGCAGAGAAAGAGGGCAUUAGGCCUCCUUCCGCACCACCAAUAAACUACGAGUCUGACCCCGAAAGGCAACCUGGAAGGUACCAUGAAUACCCCAUGGAUGGACGCAAGGCCUAUACCUUGCCCUACCCUGGUAGGCUUCAGCCAUCAAUGUCUGACACAAACUUAUCUGACCCUGGUCUGCAGGCCUACCAUUCUAAAAUAGACCCCCAACUCCAAACCACUGCAGAUCUUGCCAUGGAUGAAAAUGUCAUGAAACAAGCCUAUGAAGGUGGCUUCAUGGGAAUGCAGUAUGGCUCCUAUACCGAUCUAAGACAUGGAGGGGACAUCACAGCCCAGGCCCUGCCAAUACGGAGAUUCAACUCCCUGUCUAAUAUCAGCACGGACUACGGAUACUCUGCUCGUGAUAUAGCCAACUUUCAGGAGGCUAACUUGGCUCAGUAUAGUGCCACCACAGCUAGAGAGAUAAGCCGCAUGUGUGCAGCCCUCAACACCAUUGACCGCUAUGGAAGCAACCCUGACUUGAUGCAGUACGGCAGCUUGGGACGAGGUUCAGGCCCUGGGACCGCCAGACUCGCAGCAAGUUUAGGCAUCAGACCCAACCUCCUUUUCGGGCCAGAUGGGAAGCCAAUGUCUCACAAUCAAGCUCUUACCAACCUUAUCAAUGCCAGACAGGCCAGCCUUAGAGCUCUGUACCCCACUGCUAUAAGAUCGGCCGAUGGAAUGAUCUACUCCACGAUCAACACACCUAUCGCCUCUACACUUCCCAUCACCACCCAGCCGUCCUCAGUGCUUCGUCCGAUGCUACGAGGGGCGUAUAGGCCUUACCCGCCUGCAAACAUGACGCCCAUACCCCUGGCCAGUCUAAGCAGGCUGCCAAUGAAUCCCAGAGCACCCUUAUCCGGACAGGCACCGUUCCGUUACCCAGUGCCAAACGGGUUCCAGGGUAUACCAGCAACCAGUGCCAUUGUAUCAACGUCCUCUGCGUCAGCGACUACUACUGCAGUACAGGACGGACCCGUCUAUCUGGGCAAAGGUGCCAAUAUAGCCCCCUCCUCAGGGGCAGUCAGCUCAACCCCAGGCAUAGUUUCAAUGCCGACAACAGAGCCCCAGCAGCAGCCCAUCAACCUGUCCCAGGCUCACCUGAACAGCCAACAGCAGCAGCAGCAACAGAUGGCAGGUUCGCAUCAGCAACAACAAUUCGCACACCAGACCCAGGUCUACAACCAGACUUCUGCCGGGCCCACCGGACUGAGCGGUGGCAUGCCCCUUCAAGGAGGCCUUCCUCCCUUCCCUCCGCCAGGAGCCAUCCACAAGGAAGGGGAGACAGAGGAGGAUCGCCUGCACCGGCAGCAGGAGCAGCUCCUACAGAUGGAGAGGGAGCGGGUGGAGCUGGAGAAGCUGCGGCAGUUGAGGAUCCAGGAGGAGCUGGAGAGGGAGAGGAUCGAGCUGAAGCACCACCGGGAAAAGGAGCAGAUGCUGGUGCAUAAGGAAAUACAGGAGCUGCAGACCAUCAAGGAACAGGUUCUGCAGCAGCAGCAGCAGGAGCGUGAGAACCAGCUAGUCCUGCAGAGGGAGCAGCUGGCCCAACAGAAGUCCCAGCUGGACCAGAUCCAGUCCCUGCAGCAGCAGCUCCAGCAGCAGCUGCAGGAGCAGAAGAGGCAGAAGACGGCCAAUGCUCAGGGCCUGCAGAGGGACGUCACCGGACAGCCUCUCCAUCCCUACGUCGACGCCCAGAUGGCUUCCAACUCCCUCCCCAACUCCUCGUCGGAGAUGUGUCUGCGCAGCCACGAGGAGCAGGCGGAGAGCCGCAGCAACAUGAGGAAGCACAGCUCCAUGGGCCGUCUGCCCCGGGACGGCGGCGACGCAGAGGGCGUGUCCUUCUACGGCUCCGCCUCCCGCAGGAACGUGGACAGCUGUGUGCAGACGGACGACGAGGACGGCGAGGAGAGGUACAUGAUGCGCCACCGGCCGCGGCGGCGCGGCCGCAGCGUGGACUGCUCGGUGCAGACUGACGACGACGAGGACAAGGUGGAGUGGGAGCAGCCGCCGCGACGCAGGCGCUCGCGCUUCUCCCGCCACUCCGAGUCCAACAACCACGCCUCCGGAACCGCCGCCUCCACAAACACCAACUCCGCCAACGCCGCCAACGCCACUGCCACCGACGCCAAGACGGACACCUCCUCCAAGAUGGCCUCCUCCAGCAUGUCCAGCCAGACCAUGCGGGAGAUGUCCUGCCAGACGGAGGUGGAGCACCUGGGCCGCGUGUCGCCGGCCAUCCACGUCACUCUGCCGGACCCCAACAAGGUGGAGAUCGUGCACUACAUCUCGGGCCCCGAGAGGACCCAGAAGGGGCAGUCGCUGGCGUGCCAGACCGACCAGGAGGCCCAGUCCCAGGGGGUGGUGGCGCCGCAGCUCAGCGUGCCCACCACCGUCAGCCCCUACUCGUCCUCCACCGGCAACGGCUCCCAGCAGACGGGCUCGUCGGACCUCCAGGCCCAGCAGCAGCGCCUCCAACACCACCACCAACAGCAACAGCAGCAGCUCCAGCAGCAGCAGCAGCAGCAGCAGCAGCAGAUGGCGGCCAACGUGGCGAAGUUCGAACGCCGGCGCCCCGACCCGCUGGACAUCAACCACCAGCAGCACAACCACAUCCACAACGAGUCCGUGUCCAGCGUGAUGCGCCAGCAGCAGGGCACGCCCAAGUCGCCGCAGGUGCUGUACUCGCCCGUGUCGCCCGUGUCCCCCCACCGUCUGCUGGAGAGCUCCCUGUCCAACGAGCGGCUCAACAAAGCGCACGUCACGCCGCAGCAGAAGUCCUACACGGCCGAGUCGCCCCAGCGCCAUCCCUCCGUGCCCCGGCCCAUCAAGACCACCCAGAGGUCCAUGUCGGACCCCAAGUCCCUGAGCCCCACCACAGACGAACACACCAAGGCCCGGCUGUCGCUGUACCAGCAGCAGGCCCUCCAGAGCCAGCUGGCCGCCCUGCAGCAGAGCUCCCUCCUCCGCAAGGUGAAGCGCACCCUGCCCAGCCCGCCGCCCGAAGAGGCCACCGCCGCGGUCCACCUGCCCAUGAUGACCAACGCCAUGCCCCAGGUCUACAUGCCCAAUGUGCCCGGCCUCAAGCAGCCCUGCUCCCGCAGCGGCCUCGCCGCCAAGGCCAGCCUCCUGAAGGACCUGACCCACGAGCUGAAGGCCGUGGAGCAGGAGUCCACCAAGCUGCGGAAGCAGCAGGCGGAGCUGGAGGAGGAGGAGAAGGAGAUCGACGCCAAGCUGAGAUACCUGGAGCUGGGCAUCCACCAGAGAAAGGAGACGCUGGUGAAGGAGAGGGAGCGCCGAGACAUCGCCUACCUGCGGUGCAUGGGCGACUCCCGGGACUACAUGUCCGACAGCGAGCUCAACAACCUGCGUCUGGCCGCGGCCGCCGCCUCGUUCGAGACCAACGGCCUGCUGGCCGCCCGGCCCAGUACCGCCCCGCUCAGCCAGUUCACGGGCGAGCUCAACACGGCGGCCCAGUACCCGCCCACCACCUCUUUCCUGACGUACCAGUUCCAACAAGGCCCGUCGGCCGCGUCCAGCCAGCAGACGAGCGCUCCUUAUCCCACCGCCUCCUUCAACCAGCCUCCUUACCCGUCGGUGUCCCAGUCCCAGGCCCUGCCCCAGCCCACACCUCUCCCAAGCCACGGCCCCAUGCCCGCACCGUCCUACCCGUCUCAGACCCCCUAUCCGUCCCAGACGUACCCCCAGGCCCAGCCCCCGUACCCCCAGACGGACAUAGGGGUGCCGGCCGCUCCUCUAUCCCAGCCCCAGGCUGCACACCCAGGGUUCGGGCCUGCCCCGCCGGGCCAGCCCCCCUACCCCACCCACAGCUCGCCCUUCCCCAGCGCUGUCUCCUCCUACCAGAGUCAAUCCACCCCCUACCCCGGGCAGCAAGGGGCCGACAUCCUGACCGUCCACCCAGGGAGACCCCGGCAGACAUCACUGGCCGACCUGGAGCACAAGAUGCCCACCAACUACGAGACGAUCAGCAACCCCACGGUGGUGGUGACCACCACCGCGCAGGACGUCACCUACUCCAGCGCGGCGGCCGCGGCCUACGCCCAGUACGGCGCGACCACUACCAUGGCCGGCAGCUACGGGGGCUACCCCGCCGCUCCGGCGGUCAACAGCUACGGGGGCUACCCCGCGGCCCCGGCCAGCACCUACGGCCCCUACACCGCGGCCCCGGUUAGCGCGUACGGCCAGUACACCACCACCACCGCCAACACCUACGGCUACGCCACCACCACGGCCAGCUCCUACGGCCAGUACACGGCCACCGUGUCCAACGCCUACGGGCACGCCGCCGACAGCCCCUCGGUCUACGGCUCGGCCGACGCCAUGUACGGCGGACCUGGGAUGGAGCAGAGCCUGCCGCGGAACUACAUGAUGAUCGACGACGUCAGCGAGCUCACGGCCAAGGACGGGCUGGGCACGGCGGCGGGCGACAUGAUGAUGCACCACGGCCCCAGCGGACAACAGCGGUACCCGGGUGACGUCCACGGCCACGGCGGGAUCGGCGGCGGCGGCGGCGGCGGCUCGGCACGGGGCGGGACGGGCGGCUCCUCCUACGGCCGGACAGGGGAGGAGGAGGCGGCGUUCCAGGAAGAGCUGUACGACCACCACGGCAGGGCCUACCACCUGGGCCAGGAGGAGACGGACUGGUUCGAGAAGCCGCGCGCCAGCUCGCGCCACUACGGCAGCGGCAGCCACUCGGCCGGCCGCAGCCGCCACGCCGUCAAGCACACCUAUCACGACUACGACGAGCCCCCGGAGGAAGACGCCUGGGCCGCCGACGAGUACGGCCACGGGGGCCGCCACUCUUCGUCUUCGUCCCGGGACCACCGCCAACACGGCAGCACCGGCCGGCACGCCUCGUCGGCCAACUCGUCCUCGGCGACCGGCCGGCACGCGGACGAGCCGCGGGCGUCCCGCUCGGCCAAGGGCCACCCCAAGGACCCCAACAUGAGGCACGAGCCCUCGGGGCGGUCCUCCUCCGCGGGGAGGCGCGGGGACUCGCGCUCCGCCGGCGGAUACCACUCGGGCGAGUACUCCCGGGACCCUUCGUCCGGACACCACCACGGCCAGCGUUCCUCCCGCCAGGGGGACCCGCACAGGUCCUCCCGCAGCAAGUCCCAGCCCGGGGACCUCCAGGGGCAGCCCCCAGGCGCCUCCAGAUCCGGGGGCGGCUCCUCCCGAGGACAGGGCCCCAGCAGCGGACCUCCGGGCUCGGGACGACUGACGGGCCCUGGUUCCCAACCGGACGGGACCCAGAGCCAGAGGACCCAGCUCCAGCACCAGGUCCAGACCCAGGCCAGCCGGCCGGGACAGCCCGGGGCCCCCGGCGCCAUAGGGCCCCAGCAGCAGCUCCCAAACCAGGGUCAGGGCAUGGGCAUGGGCAUGGGACCCGGCAUGGGACCGGGCAUGGGACCGGGCAUGGGCCAGGCCAAGCAAGGACCAGUUGGAGCGGCCGGUGGGCCUAUGGGGCCCAACAGACAGACCCAGGGCCCAAUGGGAACCACACCGACAACCACUGCUAAACUGGACACCCCCCCAGUCACAGCCAUUGGAGCAAAGGCAGUUCCAGGCAUGGCAGCAAAGACUCCCCAGCCCCCACUAACCGGCAUUGGCUCUAAAGCGGGCACCAGGCCCGGGGGCAUCGGCAGCGCUGCAGCCCCCCAGCCCGGUAUGGACGGGGAGGGCAUGCUCUCCAAGAUCCUGCCGGUGAACGCCGCAGAGCAGGCGGGGAAACUGGGAGAUGCCCUCAGUGGUUUCGGCAAGAAGUUUUCCUCCAUGUGGUGAGGGGCUGAGGUGCUGAGGUGAAGAUAUGUGUAAUAACAGACAAAGGAAGUUGUGCCAGAAAAACCUUUUGGAAUUCAUACCAGUUUUUGUUUAGUGAGAGAGAGUGUGUUUGUGUAUAUGUAUAUGUGUGUGUGUGUGUGUGUGUGUGUGUGUGUGUGUGUG